AUUAAAUCAUUCUCAAAAUCUAAAAUGUUUAAACUCGGGGGUUGUGUUAAGGCUUGUACCACAAUGGCUUUGUAUAAGAUAUAAUGAUUAAAAAAUAAUGUUAUAUCGUUCCACCUGCUAAUGAUAAUUUUAGAUCAAAUAUAUUAUAACUUGAAUUCAUCAUUUUAAAUAAAAAAUAUAAAAUGGAAUUGAGUGAUAUUGAAAUGGACACAAGUAGAUCAAAUGAUGAGAUUGUAUAUGAGAACUUAAAGAUUUCGACCGAAAGUUGUACUACCGAACCACAGAAAAUAGAAGAGGAACCUUAUGAGACAUUAAAAUAUGGUGACUAUGAUAAAAGAAAAGUUGAAAGUGGAGAUGACGACACUGUGAAGCGACUGAAAUAUGUGAUUUACGUAUUGAUAGUGUUGAUAAGCGUUCUUUACAUCACUCUUAUCACGUUGGUCAUUGUACUGUUCGUUCCGAAGGAACCAGCCGACGGUCGUUGGGCACAAUGGUCAAGCUGGACCUCGUGUGACGUAACGUGUGGUAAUGGAACACAACUACGAACAAGAACAUGUACAAAUCCAAUGCCUGCGAAUAAGGGAAGUAACUGUAUUGGAGAAAGUUUGCAGAGCAGUGAAUGCUCAAAAGACAACUGUCCAGUCGAUGGUCAAUGGACUCCCUGGUCAACCUGGACUUCUUGUGACGUCACUUGUGGACAUGGAACUCAUCUACGAUCGAGGACAUGCACAAAUCCAGUUCCGACUAAUAAUGGACUCGAUUGUACUGGAGAGAAUUUACAAAGUGCUGAAUGCUCAAAAGGAAGCUGUCAAGUCGACGGUCAAUGGGCUGAAUGGUCAAUAUGGACCUCGUGUGACGUAACGUGUGGUAAUGGAACUCAUCGUCGUACAAGAACAUGUACAAAUGCAGUGCUUAUGGAUAAGGGAGUUGAUUGUACUGGAGAGAGUUUGCAGAUUAGUGACUGCUCUAAAAGCAUCUGCCCAGUCGAUGGUCAAUGGGCACAUUGGUCAAGCUGGACCUCUUGUGAUGUCACGUGUGGACAAGGAUCUCAUCUUCGUUCUAGAACCUGUACCAAUCCAGUUCCAGCGAACAACGGACUCGCUUGUACGGGGGAGAAUUUACAAACUGCUGAAUGCUCGAAAGUCAGCUGUCCAGUCGACGGUCAUUGGGCUCAAUGGUCAAGCUGGACCACGUGCGACGUAACAUGUGGUAAUGGAAAACAUCUACGGUUAAGAACAUGUACAAAUCCAGUGCCUGCGAAUAAGGGGAGUGACUGUAUUGGAGAAAGUUUGCAGAGCAGUGAAUGCUCAAAAGACAACUGUCCAGUCAAUGGUCAAUGGGCACAUUGGUCAAAUUGGACUUCAUGUGACGUCAUGUGUGGAAAAGGAACUCAUCAACGUUCUAGAACAUGUACAAAUCCAGUUCCAGCGAAUAGUGGACUCAGUUGUACAGGAGAGAAUACACAAACUGCUGAAUGCUCAAGAGACAGCUGCCCAGUCGACGGUCGUUGGGCUCAAUGGUCAAGCUGGACCACCUGUGACGUAACAUGUGGUAAUGGAAAACAACUACGGUUAAGAACAUGUACAAAUCCAGUGCCGAUGGAUAAUGGAAAUGACUGUUUUGGAGAAAAUUUGCAGAGCAGUGACUGCUCAAAAGACAACUGUCCAGUCGACGGCCGUUGGGCUCAAUGGUCAAGUUGGACAUCGUGUGACGUAACAUGCGGUAAUGGAAAGCAUCUACGGUUAAGAACAUGUACAAAUCCAGUGCCUAUGAAUAAUGGAGAUGACUGUAUUGGAGAAAGUUUGCAGAGCAGUGAAUGCUCAAAAGACAACUGUCCAGUCAAUGGUCAAUGGGCACACUGGUCGAGCUGGACUUCAUGUGACGUCACAUGUGGAAAAGGAACUCGUCAACGUUCGAGAACAUGUACAAAUCCAGUUCCAGCUAAUGGUGGACUCAAGUGUACAGGAGCGAUAAGAGAAACUGAUGAAUGUUCCAAAGACGCCUGUCCAGCAUUCAAGUCUGCAUUUUCUGUAAAAAGUCCAGAUACCAAUACAUACAUCAUUAUCAAUGACAGACUUACCUUUUCCAGUACAAUUUACCAGUAUGGUAAUGAUUUUAAUAUCUCGACAGGAACUUACACAUGUCACAAAGCCGGUGUGUACCAUUUUUCUGUUACACUGGUAAAGAAACGGGCACCAUUAAGGGUUGAUAGAGUAUAUUGCUAUCUUUUCAAGAAUAGACAGGAUUUGAUUUACAUAUACGUUGAUCCAACUGACGAUGAUACAGACAAAGGACAUGCUGCUGUAUCUCAGUCUAUCGUGAUUGAUCUUGAUGUUGGGGACACUGUGUACCUUACUGGAUGCAGCGAUCCAAGCACAACCAUGAGUUCUUGGUCUUCGUUUACUGGAUUUCUCCUAUAUGACAACAAUUGAAUUUUGCAUUUGUCCGGAAAAAAUUGUUCUUAACUAAAUCUGUUGUUUCGAAUAAUCUUAUUUCCAAUAUGUACAGUGUUUUGUAAAAUAACAAUAUCAGUCUGUGGUCGUGAAAAAAUGAAUAUUUCGUGAUGACAUUUAAAGCACUUUUGCUAAAAGUUCGAUAUCAUGUUAUGGAAUUAAAGACACUCAUCGGAUUUUUAGAUGGAUUUUGUAUAGUCAGUUUUUUUUUAAUCUAAGAUAUUGAUGCUUAGUAACGCAUUUAUAGAGAUUCACAGUGCUUGUGAAUUAACAUUUUUGUCUAAAAUUUUGCUUUUGCUGAAUUCAACUGAAUCAGGGAGAUGGUAUUCUUUUUUAUUUAACUGAUAAGAAUGCAUUGUUGGCAUAAGAUUGACUGAUGCUAAUUGCUCACUAAAUAUGUUUCUGAUUAUGGUAUUAAAGUUCAUGUCCGUUAACUAAAUAAAUAAAUUUGUUGUUUAUUUGACAUCUUGAAUACUUGAGAAUAAUAUAGAUCUAUACUAUACCACCUUCGACCUAAGAAAAACCUUUUGUCAAGCUGUCAGACCCAGGGAUGAUGAACCAGAGAUAAAGGAUGCUUCAACUGUAAAAGACUGUUUGAAACUAAAAAGUAAAUAGAUUGAUCAAGAAUUUACAAUGUUUUUUUUUUUU